AUGUCGGCGGCAGACGAGGAAACCCCCGUCUCGGCGGGGGAAGAAUCAUCAUCGUCGGAGGAGGUCGAAACUCUGAUCGCAGGGCGACAAAAGCGAAGCACGGCAGGGAGAAAUAUGUCCACCCUGCUCGAUGCUGAAGCGGAUGAUGAGUUGGCUCUUCUGUUCGCGGAGGAUGAGAAUGACGAAGAAUUCGACCUGGACGAAGGCGGUGCCGAAGAUGCCGAGGACAUGCAUUUGGACUCCUCUUCCGAGGACGACGAAGACCAAGGCCCAAAUGCGGCAGAGGACGAUCUCGAGGGUGAAAGGGAGCUCCAGCGCGAAGCUAGAGCAGAACGUCUGGCCAAGAAGCGCAAAGCCCAGGAAUCGCUGAAGUUGACUGCCUUACGAAAGAAGGUCAAGAUCGACCCGACGGCCGUGUCGACAACGUCUACUCCUCCCCAACGACCGAAGAAGAAAUCGGAGCGUACCUCGUGGUUGCAUACUCCAGAAGAAGCCCCGACGCGGUCUUCCACUCGUCGCCAAACGAUGCAGAACAAGGAGCUUACCCAAGCCCGACUGAAGAGCAGUGAGGAGAGGCGAAUCAAACUUUUAGCUACAAUGGAAGAAGCUGCAAAGAGAAAGGAGAAAUUAAAGCCUAGGGUGAUGACGCAAGCAGAACGUCUGGCCGAGGCGGAGAGAGUCGAGCGGAUCAAUAGUAAAAGCUUGAAUCGCUGGGAGGAGAUGGAGAAGAAGAAGGCUGAAGAACGAAAGGCCAAAUUGGAAGCCUUGCAAAACCGUCGUCUCGAGGGGCCUGUCCUGUCGUGGUGGAGUGGCAUUGCUAAAUGGGUGAACGGCAAGCUCGUUCGUGUGGGUAGAGUCGACGUUCAGCCAAAGCCGGAGAAGGAAGAGACAGAGCGCAAGAAAAGGGGCAAGGACUCGUCGAACCAAGAUCCCUCGAAGGGUGAAAAGAAAACAGAAGAGAAUGCGGAGAAUGAUGGGGCUGAGAAGAAACCUGCUGCAGCUGAUGGGCAGGAGUCGACCUCGGCAGAAAAUCCCCCAGAGAAUCCUCCUGCUGGGCCAUCGACGGAGAAAGGGGAGCCGCCUGUUGGAGAGAAGCCCUCUCAAGAUGAGUCUCCCACUGGAGCCGAAAAUGCGCAGAAGCCGCCUGGAGAGACUCCUGCGAGUCAGACGCAGAACGGCGUCAACGAAACUGCAUCUCAGAGCCCUGCUGGAUUACUUGACGGUAUCCACAUGUACGCAUCUCAGCCUGACAAUUCUGAGAAGUCAGACAAACCUGCGCCAGAGCAGCCUGCAGCUCCGGAGACGUCACCAACCUCUGCAUCGACAGCGGAGCCUGCGGCCUCUUCGACGGGGCCAGCGUCCGGCUCAGAGAAUACGGCUAGCGAACCGGCGGAGUCAGAGACUCGGUCAAAGGAAGAAGAACCGCAGCCGGAAUCGAAACCUGCAGACUCGGCCUCCAACGAUGCAAAGGCAGAGAAACCGGAAAGCGUCCCACAAUCGACCUCCGAUGCUCCAGUUUCACAAGAACAGAAAUCUGAGACGGCAGACGGAACGACGGAAUCAGCUGUUGUUGAGCCUAUCUGCUCCAUACCGAAGUCGGCGGAGGCCGCAACGGAGGACUUUUCUGCAUUCCCCAAACUCCCGUCGACAGAAUCGCCAGCUUCGGAUUCCUCUCCGGCAGCUGCAGUCCCGGCCACGGAGCCAAUGCAAGUAGACCAGCCAUCGACAGCAGAUAACAUCGACAAAGAGCCGGCUCCCGUUUCCCAAACGGAACCGCCUGCGCCUCCAGCCCCGGAAGUGGUUGAGCAGACAGGUAGGAAUCUGCUCAUUCUUGAGAACUUUGACGACAAGACGGCGCAGAGCCGCGAAUACAGUAUCUAUUUCAAUUCCAAGAAGCCACCUAAGCUGACAAAAAUCGCAUCGCAUCUUUGUCCCAUCACGUCUCAACCAGCACGUUACCGCGAUCCUGAGACGGGGCUUCCCUUUGCGAAUGCGCUCGCGUAUCGCGAGAUUCGGGAGGUGACAGCCCAGAAAACAGCCGCACGAGGCGUGCCGGAGCGAUUCUUGACGGGCGUGAAAACAGAGAAAGAGACACCUGCUGCGAGAACAGGUGAAGACCAAGCGGCAGCAGCACGUUGGAGCGGCGUUUCGGGACUCAACUCGUCUAGAUAUAGUGCUCGAUGCCGCGGUCUACAAGGUUGA